AUGACGGUCGAGUUUGUGGUAAACCUGGAAAAUCACAAGAGAAGAAUUUGGAGCAUCUGCUGGAGCCCUGAUGGGAAUUUCCUCGCGUCGGUUGGAGCGGACAAGUACAUAACCAUAUGGGUUAAGACAAAUAAAGACAAAAUAAAAAAGACAAAUAAAAGCAGUAAAAUUUGGAAAAAAUUUAAAAUGUUUGAAGAAGGGACACACAAAGCAGGCAGCAUCGAAUUUGAUGUAUAUGACAUUAUAGAAACGAAUCACGAAAAGUCGCUCCGGCACAUAGAAUUCUCCCGAGACGGAAGCUUUUUCGUUGUUGCAUCAUUCGAUUCGAAGUGCUCCAUAUAUAAAAAAAAUAAUAAUGACAAAUGGGUUUUUUACAAAUCUUUGGAGGGGCACGAAAAGGAGGUGAAGUGUGCCUCCAUUCACCCCACCAACAAGUACAUAGUAACUUGCGGAAGGGACAAAAGCAUAUGGAUACACGCCAAGACGGAGGAGGUCAGUCGGAAGGAGGAUGACCAAGGUGUAAUUGCUUCAAACGGGGGGGAAGCCCACCCGAAUGGGAUUCACAAUGAGGAGCAGACAAAAGAGGAUUCACAAAAUGGAGCGAAAACGGAGGCACAGUGUGGCAACCCAGGGGAAACUCACCCCAACGCAGAGCCCCAAAAUGUUAAUAACGACAUCGACGCUGACGCCGACGUGGACGUCGAUUUCGACUUCAGCUUUGACGCGUACCUAACGGCGCACUCCGAAGAUAUAAAGUUCGUCGCCUGGUGCCCUCUCAGCGAAAAUACAUUCAUCUCACUUUCGUAUGACAACUCUUUAAAAAUUUGGAGCAAACAGAUAAGCGAGUGGAAUUGCAUACAGACCUUAAAUGAACACACAUCUGUCGUGUGGUGUGUUGCCUUCAAUUUUGACGGCUCUGAAUUCGCUACCUGCUCAGAUGACAAAUCUAUAAGGAUUUGGAAAAGUGAAAAAAAAAUUUGGUACAAUAAACACAAGUACCCCUUUCUCUACCAGCAUAUAGUAAAAGACGCAAGGAAAUCAUCAAAUGAAAGCUCCUUGUGCUCGCUUAUAAAUAAGUCGAAUGGCACAUUAGGGGGUAGUGCCGCCACUGCGGUGAAACAGGCACUCGCGAAUGAUAGCCGCGGGUAUAGUAACCAUAACAGUAAGGACAGUGCAAAUGGGAAAGGGUCCAACGAUCGAAAUUUUCUCCAAAAAACAACAAAGCUGUUUCGAAAGAUAAGAGAACCGAUGACCCAAGGGGGGGGUGACAAAACAUCCGAUGCUCCAUCUAAUAUGCCUAUAUUGGAUUAUUCAAAGGAUGACAAAGAGGUGCAGGCGGCCUUGAAGGCAGUCGUGCAGAAUAACUUCGUCCCACUCUAUUUCGACCAUGGCCUUUUCAAAUUUGUUUACAAGUACGCAGAUGUGGAGGGGGCAUUCGCACAGGGGAAAGGUUCCACUGAGAAGAGGGAGGAACAAGGAGGUCACACGGAAAAGGAAUCCCCUAACGGGGCACACCCCAUCGAGAAAAACGAACCGAGGAACGACGAGUGCAUCUCCAAGGUGUCCAAAGAUGGCGGCGAUCAACCGAACACACACAGCGCAGAAGUGGAGCACAAAAACGACGCGAACGACGUGUCACAAUUGAGCAACGGGGAAAAAACUAACAAACAGAGUGGAUGCACCACCACGCAAGACGAACAGCAAACGAGCAACCCAGUUUCAGAGAACAACGUCUCCUCGAUGAGCGCAAUUCCAAAUCUCAGUGACAAAGAAAAAGAUUUAAAAAACGUAUUGUUUGAUGAUUGGAAAAUUAAGCACGUGAUAGAAGGAUACCACAAGAGGAGCAUUAGCUACCUGGACUGGAAUGCGUACGAGGAUUUAAUUGCAGCCUCUUCCUUUGACAACUCUUUGAAAAUAUUUCAGAAGAAUUUGGACACGUGGAAUUUGAUAGAGAAUAUUGAAAACGCUCAUUUGAGUGACGUCAAUUGUGUUGUGUGGUGCCCGCAGAAGUACCAGGACUACUUUUUGCUGGCCACCGCCGGCGACGACUGCGUCAUUAACAUAUGGAAGUACACCAAGGGGUGA